AUGGAGGCAGCAGCCGUGGGCGACGGAGCAGCAGGCGCGGGCGACGCCGCGGCCAGCGCGCCCGCUGGCCGCUCCCAGCAGGGCGCCAAGCGCGGCCGCGGCGGCGCCGUGAGGGGCAGCGAGGCGGAAGCGGCGACGGCGGCGUGGGGCCAGCCGCCGCCACCGGCGCUGCUCCCGCCGCCGCAGGCGCCGGGGGCGGGGUCCCGGAUCUACCGCGUGCGGGCCAGCGGGGGCAAGGACCGGCACAGCAAGGUGUACACGGCCAAGGGCAUCCGCGACCGCCGCGUGCGCCUGUCGGUGCCCACCGCCAUCCAGUUCUACGACCUGCAGGAUCGCCUCGGCUUCGACCAGCCCAGCAAGGCCAUCGAAUGGCUCAUCAACGCCGCCUCCGCCGCCAUCGAGAAGCUCCCGGAGCUCGACCCGGUCGCCUUCGCGGCUCUCCCCGCGCCGGGCGACGCGGAUGCCGCCGGCAAGGACAAGCAGCAGCAGCAGCAGCAGCAGCAGGGGAGCAAGUCCGCGGGCAGCAGCACGUCGGAGACGAGCAAGGGCUCCGAGCUCUCGGUCUCGCGCUCCGACGGCCGCGGGGGCGCCGCCGCGCGGGACAGGGAGGUCACCGUGGCCAGCACCUCGGCGCAGGCCGCGUCCUUCACCGAGCUGCUCACCGGGGUGGCGUCGGCCGGUUCCAUUAGCGCCGCCGAGCACAAGCAGUCCUGGCAUCAGCAGCAGCCCAACGUCUCCGCCGCGGCCGCCGACUGCGUCGGCAUUGCGCACCACGGGAAAGGUGCGCACGGGCUGUCGACGCACGCCUUUUCUGCCCCGGCCGCCGCCAAGUUUGGCAAUGCGCCUCCGUUCGGCCUGGUUCCGGCGCAGCCCUUCAACUUCACCAGUCCCAUCGAGAUGCCUCACUUCUCGCUCGGUCAGGACACCUUGGCGGCGUCCUCGGCUGCCACCGGGGACUACAGCCUCAAUUUUUCCAUGUCCUCGGCUUUCUUGGGUGCCAAUAGGGGGACCCUUCAGUCCAAUUCGCAGUCCAACUUCUCAGGCCAUCAUCACCAGCAGCUCCAGAGGCUGGAUGGCCCGAUCUUGUUUGGUCACGCUCACGCUGCGGCGGCGGCGCAUCCCGCAUCCGAGAACCAGCUGACGGCGUCCGCGGCGUUACAGCUGUGGGACGGGCUCCGGCACUCCGGCAUGAAGGAGAAGAGCAAGAACUGA